CUGGCUCCCCUCCCCCGCUGCCUGUGGAUCGUUUCCUGCUCAGCAUCGCUAAGCACCGGCUGGGACACGAGUGCGGCUUCACGUCGUUAGUGCUUCCUUGCCGGGGGGAGGGAUUUUUCUCAGCUUGUAGGGUACAUUUGAGGGCAUUUUAAAGCUUGGCUCUGCUGUCGUGGGGACUGGGUAAUUACUUCCAGAAACCCGAAACCUGAGGUUAAGUUGGGGCUUGAAGGAGGACGCCUAAUACUGCAAGGCUUGAGGCAGAAGUUGAUAAUGCUGCUGCUCUCCCUUUUCCUGGACUUUACAAAGAUUCACAUUAGGAUGACUAUGAGCUGCAUGCAGGAUAUGGGUCUGAAAAAGGGCUCCUGCAAUCGUAGGAUGUAUCAGAAUUCCAGAGGAGUUGGCUCUCAGCUGAAGGAUAGUAUCUCAAUUGCUGAAUUUUCAGCUAGUGGAGCAUUUGGAGGUCAUGAUAUUCUACGCAAAGGCUUUACAAGUGUGAAAAAUGAACUUCUGCCCAGCCAUCCAUUGGAACUGUCAGAAAAAAAUUUUCAGCUAAACCAAGAUAAAAUGAAUUUAUCGACUCUGAGAAAUAUUCAAGGACUUCAUGCUCCUCUAAAGUUGCAAAUGGAAUUCAAAGCAGCAAAGCAGAUCCAACGCCUUCCAUUUCUGCAUAGCUCAAAUAUAGCAUUGGAUACACUGAGAGGAAAUGAUGAAUGCAUUGGUUUUGAGGAUAUUCUUAAUGACCCCUCACAGAGUGAAGUUAUGGGAGAACCACAUGUGAUGGUCGAGUACAAGCUUGGUUUAUUGUAACACAAAUGUAAUCCAAACCUGCUGUUCAUGAAAACAUUUCUUUAUGUAUCUUUAUAGUAUACUACAGGUUCAGUGUAUAAUAUUAAUAUGACAUUGACACAAUGUUUUUGUUAACUUACCCGCAGGAGAUCUCUUGCCUUACUUGAUGAAUAGGCACAUUAAAUGUUUAAAGUCUA